AAGGAGCAGUUUGUUCCCUCAUUUAGGACUCCAGUACACUGCACCCAGUCUGUACAUUGAGAAGGUUGUCCUGUCACCAGCAUCAAAAGAAACACUUCUAGGUUAUGCAGCUGGGAAGCUGAAUACAACAUUGUGACUGUGAGGCAAACCCAGGACAGUGUACAAACCUAGGGAAAUUGGAGACAUGGCGUCACCUUUGAGCCAAGAUGACUCUUUCGAAGAGGAGGACCUUCAGGUCACCGGAAUGGAUCCGAAAGAGGUGCAGCCUGGUCGCUCUGGAGCCGACGACCUGGAGAACAGGAGACAAAUGGAGGGCGAUCCAGAAGGGCGCUUCCACACAGUCCCGCUGGACACAGAAAAUUUCUGGUUUACCUGCUACACCUUCUCUCUGGGCUCAGGUCUCAACCCCGAAGUCCGCAGGAAGCAGUUUACAAACUCAGGCAGAGGAAGCCACCAGUCGUAUGUGGAGCUGAGUGAGCUGAAGAUAGACAGGAAUCAGGAGCUGUUCUGGCAGGAGAUGGCGCGCUGGGUCCAAUUUGAGGAGGACUUCAACCACGAUGUGGAGCUCUGGGGCAAGCCGCACGUCUCCUAUCUGACCCUCAAGAGCCUGCUGGAGCUACGCAGAACCAUGGGGAAGGGGACCGUUCUCUUGGACCUGCAGGAGCGCAGUCUGGCGGGCAUCGCCAGCAAGGUGGUGGACAGCAUGGAGAAGGACGGCCAGCUCACAGAGCAGGACCGGGCCCAGCUGCUCCGGGCUCUGCUCCUCAAACGCAGCCACCCCAAGCAGCCAGCCUCUACCUCUGAGCCUCUCCUGGAGGACGAGCACAUCGAGGUGGAGACCUUCUCCGUUACUCAGGAGAGGUUUUCUGCAGAGAAUGUAGAGGCUACUGUUGUGCUUAUAGGCGAGGUGCAGUUCUUGGAGAAGCCCACCAUGGUGUUUGUGCGUCUGAAGGAUCCGGUGGUGCUACAGUCAGUGCUGGAGGUGGAGCUCCCUGUGCGCUUCCUCUUUGUGCUGCUCGGGCCCAGCCUGCCUCACAUGGAGUAUCACGAGAUGGGACGAGCCAUCUCCACCCUCAUGGCAGACCGGGAGUUCAACGUGGCAGCGUACCUGGCAGAGAGCCGCAGUGAACUGGUGACAGGGAUCAAUGAGUUCCUGGACUUCAGCAUCGUAAUCCCUCCCUCUGAGAUCCAGAACGAAGGCCUGCUGCACUCCAUGGUGCAAUUCCAGAGGCAGCUCUUGAAGAGCCGCUUCAAACCACUGGAGCACCAGGGAGGGAAGCAGCCGUUGGAGACACCAGUCCUGCCCUCGAAGCAGCAGGAAACGGACGACCCUCUCAGGCGGACAGGGAGACCCUUCGGGGGGUUGGUGAAGGACAUCAAGCGGCGCUACCCUCACUACCUCAGUGACAUCACCGACGCACUCAACCCCCAGGUCCUGGCCGCUGUCAUUUUCAUCUACUUCGCCGCCCUCUCUCCCGCCGUCACGUUCGGGGGGCUGCUGGGGGAGAAGACGAUGAACUGGAUGGGGGUGUCAGAGCUGCUGGUCUCCACGGCUGUUCAGGGGGUCCUGUUCUCUCUGUUGGGAGCCCAGCCUCUCCUUGUCAUCGGGUUUUCAGGCCCACUUCUGGUCUUUGAGGAAGCCUUUUUCGAUUUCUGUAAAGACCAAGACUUCGAGUACAUCGUGGGACGUGUGUGGAUCGGGUUCUGGCUCACCCUCAUUGUUGUUGUGAUUGUGGUGUUCGAAGGCAGCUUCCUGGUGCGCUUCAUCUCGCGUUUCACCCAGGAGAUCUUCUCCUUCCUCAUCUCCCUCAUCUUCAUCUAUGAGACUUUCUCCAAGCUCUUCAAGAUUUUCCAGCAACACCCCUUGCUUAAGAAUUAUGAAUACCUGAACUCCACUGCAGGCAAUAGCACAGCUUACAGCACCCCGAAAAAACCCCACCCUAACACUGCCCUGCUCUCCCUGGUUCUCAUGAUUGGAACUUUCUUCAUCGCCUUCUUCCUCAGGAAAUUCAAGAACAGCAUGUUCCUGCCGGGGACUAUCCGUCGUAUUAUCGGAGAUUUUGGAGUCCCUAUCUCUAUCCUUAUCAUGGUUCUCAUAGACUUCUUCAUCAGUGACACCUACACCCAGAAACUGAGCGUGCCCUCUGGUCUGUCGGUGUCACGCAAGAAUGACAGAGACUGGUUCAUCAGCCCCAUGGGGCUGAAGAAGGAGUUCCCCAUCUGGAUGAUGUUUGCGUCUGUCGUCCCGGCACUGCUGGUCUUCAUCCUCAUCUUCCUCGAGUCUCAGAUCACAACGCUUAUCGUGAGCAAGCCGGACAGGAAGAUGGUAAAGGGCUCUGGGUUCCACCUGGACCUGCUGCUGGUGGUGGGAAUGGGAGGUGUGGGCGCCCUCUUUGGGCUGCCCUGGCUCAGCGCAGCCACGGUGCGCUCCGUCACCCACGCCAACGCACUGACCGUCAUGAGCAAGGGGGCCAAACCGGAGAUCGAGAAGGUACUGGAGCAGAGGGUCAGCGGGAUGCUCGUCGCCAUCCUAGUGGGUCUCUCUAUCCUGAUGGAGCCCAUUCUGAAGCUCAUCCCCCUGGCUGUGCUCUUUGGGAUCUUCCUGUACAUGGGGGUCACCUCCCUGAACGGCAUCCAGCUUUUCGACCGAAUGCUCCUCCUGCUGGUCCCCCCGAAGUACCACCCUGACGAGGCCUACAUCCACCGGGUGAAGACGUGGCGCAUGCACAUGUUCACCCUGAUUCAGAUUGUCUGUCUGGUGCUUCUGUGGGGGAUCAAGUCCAGCUCUGCCUCGCUGGCUCUGCCCUUCAUCCUCAUCCUCACCAUCCCCCUGCGCAGGUUCCUGCUCCCCCGUCUCUUCAGCGAGCUUGAAAUCAAAUGCUUGGAUGCGGACGAUGCCAAGGUGCAGUUUGAAGAGAAGCUUGGGGAGGACGUCUACGAUGAAAUCCAAAUGCCCGUCUAACCGCCACGGGGGGCCCUUCACAAUUCUAAUCAGGAUAUGCUCUGAGCUUCUGUAUACCUCCAAAAAUACUACUCAGGGACUCAACAGUGCCUUCCAGCCAAUAAAAGACACUAACGCAGCAUCAAACAUGCAGGGAUUGAAGAGUUUGAGCCCUAGCGAAUACAUUAACCUAUUUAUGUAUUAGCAAUCAGUUAGAUUAAUUUCCAAGUGCCUAUACUGCCAUGCUAGACUGUUACUGGAAACAGUACUGAUCUAUGCAGAGGUUUUAUUUGGUGAUAUCUUGGGGUCCACUGAAAAUGUAAAUAAAACAGGCUUUAGACUGUUGUGGUCUCUUUUUUUUUUACCUAUUCAGCUGAUCCUAUAAUUUGUCACCGUCAGACCUGACAUUGUUAACAUCAGGAUUUCUGUGACAGCCAGAAAUGAAUAGAUUCGACUCCUGUAUAGUUGAUAGCUUGUCUGUUAUUUUCAUUGCUACCUUAAUGCACUUAUCACUGAAUGUCCCAGCAAUAUGAUAAACAAACCAGAUUGCUUCAACCUGCUCCUGUGCUUUGCUUUAAAAAUGCUGUUUUUAGAUAUAAAAUAAUGUCUUAAUGAUUUAGCACGCGCUGAAUCAACAAGAUUUAAAUAAUAAUCUGUGUGCCUUUAUCCUGCAGUGUUUUGGCUGGAAAUAGUUUUGGAUAAGAGAUUUUGUAAAAGUGUGAUUGUGGUAUAUUUUAAAAUUGUAUUUUGCAGUAAAAAUAAAAAGCUGUAUGCUUUAAACACUGUAAAUAGAAAUUAAGUUACACUGUGAAAAUGCAAUGUACAUUUUAUUCAGGGAAGGGUGGGUAACUUUGCAUUGUUUUCUCGUUUUUCUUUUUGAAAUUGUUUGUGUCGAUUUCUGCUGCCAGUGGAAUAUGUUGAAUAUGUUCAGUAAGUAGAAUGGGAAGAUAUAGCUCCAUGUUUUAGAGUAAGAGCUCUGACAAACAAUGAUAGCAUCUGCAUUGGGAGUGCCAUCAUAUUGCUCAGCUCUUUAGCUUUGUGCAAAAUGGUUUCACUUCAUUCGAUGGAUAAAAUAGGCCAGGUCGAAAUCAAGUAAAACAAACAGCGUGUGGUUUUAAUGAAAACCACAAGGGGGCGCUUUAUUCCAUCUUUAAGGUAUUUUUUUAAUAUUUAAUCCUGUUUAAAAAACAAUUUUCAAACGUAUUUUUUUUUUCCUUUAUGAAUUUUUGUUUUCAAAGUUAUUAAAUACUGCCAGCAUGUCUGAAUAUUAUUAUUUUAUUUGCACAUUUAUACAAUUCUAAACACUUUUUAUUAGGGUUGAGUGGUGUGAUGUCUACCAGGUAAUUCAUUCAGAUAAACUUUUUUUACCGUCCUGUGAGUGGUUGUAUAAAUUAUUAUAUACCGGUAUUCUUUGUUUUACCAUUUCAUGUCAGAACAAAGAAGACGAUAUAUUCUGCUUUCAUGCUGCGUUACACUAAUGCUUCUGUGGUUUCUAUUCCUACUUUGUACAUCCCAGUAGCGCAGCACUCAAUAAAGAUACGUUAUGCCAAUGAUCUGUGCAUGGAGUGAGAUGCUUUAUCAACUCGGUACCAAUAUUAAAGUUUAAAGGAGUGCUAAGGAGAAAUAUUUAGUAUUCAAUUUGGAAUGUACAGAGCUCAAACACAACGCUGUAGAUGAAAUGUUCCUACUGCUGCCUGGCACCUCUGGCCGCUGGAUGUUGUCAAACAGACUGCUAAAGUGACCCGAAAUGUACAUCUUAGUUGUUCGGUUCUAGUUUUGUUAACAGAUGUUGUGCCUUCUUUAAAAAGAAGGAUUUAAUUAAAGACUGGAUUUUAGGCUUUGAAAAUGUGGCCCAAUACAAAGUCUUGUGUGAUGUGAUGUUUGACAGUUUCUAAAACAUGUACUGACAGAAUCCUUGACAUAUUAAAUUGGAAGUACUUAAAUUGUU